AUGGCCUUGGUAGCGUACGACUUCAAGCGCAAGACAAAGGAUCUGGUCUGGAAUGCAGAAUACAUUUCCAUUGAUUCGGCCAAGGAGACACAGGCCUGUGAGGCAUUGGUUCGCAGAGGCUUGCUGGGACCUGAGUUGGCUCUCCGUUUUCAGCCGGCCUGGCGAAGAUACCUACACGCUCUUGUGAAGAGAGAGAAAGAUUCUGAAUCUGGUCUUGAGGAUCUGUUGGCGCUUGUACCGUUCGACUCGCUGAGAUGCUCAGACUCAACAGCCUUACCCCGAAUCAAGGACAUGUUACAUGUUAGCGUGCGGUGA